GAGCUGGGGUGCGCGUGCGCCCUCCCGUCCGGCGCACGCGUCUCCCAGCAUUCAGUUGGUGCGCGGGCGGUGGGCACCUCAGUCCAGUAGGCUUCGGCGGUUGAGUGGACGGAGGCUGACGGCUGUUACGCCGACGCAGGCCAGGUGGAGGGAGAGGUCGCCGGUGCACACCCGCCAGCCAUGAAGCCCCCCGCAGCCUGUGCAGGAGACGCCCUGGACGUGGCGGCACCGUGCUCGGCCGUGAACUACCUCCGGUGGGAUCUGAGUGCCCAGCAAAUCGGGGAGCUCACCACCGAGCUCAUCGAGGAGACCAAGCGCGUGUACGACCGCGUGGGCUCCCAGGAGCUCCAAGAUGUGUCCUACGAGAACACACUCAAGGCGCUGGCCGACGUGGAGGUGUCCUACACAGUCCAGAGGAACAUCCUUGACUUCCCGCAGCACGUCUCCCCAUCCAAGGACAUCCGGACAGCCAGCACGGAGGCGGACAAGAAGCUGUCCGAGUUCGACGUGGAGAUGAGCAUGAGGCGGGACGUGUACCAGAGGAUCGUCUGGCUGCAGGAGAAGGUCCAGAGUGACUCGCUGAGGCCAGAGGCGUCGCGGUACCUGGAGCGGCUGAUAAGCCUGGGCAGGAGGAACGGGCUCCACCUGCCCGAGGAGACGCAGGAGAAAAUCAAGAGCAUCAAGAAGAAGCUGAGUCUCCUGUGCAUCGACUUCAACAAGAACCUGAACGAGGACACCACCUUCCUGCCAUUCACGCGCGAGGAGUUGGGAGGGCUCCCUGAGGAUUUCCUGAACUCGCUGGAGAAGACCGAGGAUGCGAAGUUGAAGGUCACCCUCAAGUACCCGCACUACUUCCCCCUCCUGAAGAAAUGCCACGUGCCUGAAACCAGGAGGAAGGUGGAGGAGGCCUUCAACUGUCGGUGCAAGCGGGAGAACUGCGCGAUCCUUGGGGAGCUGGUGAGCCUGCGGGCCCAGAAGUCCCGCCUGCUGGGGUUCAGCACGCAUGCCGACUACGUGCUGGAGAUGAACAUGGCCAAGACCAGCCAGGUGGUGGCCACUUUCCUAGAUGAGCUGGCCCAGAAGCUGAAGCCCCUCGGGGAGCAGGAACGGGCCGUGAUCCUGGAGCUAAAGGAGGCCGAGUGCCAGAGGCGGGGCCUGCACUUUGACGGGCGCAUCAACGCCUGGGACAUGCGCUACUACAUGAACCAGGUGGAGGAGACGCGCUACCGCGUGGACCAGAACCUGCUCAAGGAGUACUUCCCCAUGCAGGUGGUCACGCGCGGGCUGCUGGGCAUCUACCAGGAGCUGCUGGGGCUGACCUUCGACCUGGAGGAGGGCGCCACCGUGUGGCACGAAGAUGUGACGCUCUACACGGUCCGGGACACGGCCUCGGGCAAGGUCAUCGGCAAGUUCUACCUGGACCUCUACCCUCGGGAAGGGAAAUACGGGCAUGCGGCCUGCUUCGGCCUGCAGCCGGGCUGCCUGCGGCAGGACGGGAGCCGCCAGAUCGCCAUCGCGGCCAUGGUGGCCAACUUCACCAAGCCCACGCCCGACGCACCCUCCCUGUUGCAGCACGAUGAGGUGGAGACCUACUUCCACGAGUUUGGGCACGUGAUGCACCAGCUCUGCUCCCAGGCCGAGUUCGCCAUGUUCAGUGGGACACACGUGGAGCGGGACUUCGUGGAGGCACCUUCGCAGAUGCUGGAGAACUGGGUGUGGGAGGUGGAGCCACUGCUCAGGAUGUCCCAGCACUACCGCACGGGCAGCGCCGUCCCCCAGGAGCUGCUGGACAAACUCAUCAAGUCCCGGCAGGCCAACACAGGCCUCUUCAACCUGCGCCAGAUCGUCCUGGCCAAGGUGGACCAGGCCCUGCACACGCAGACGGCCGCAGACCCAGCCGAGGAGUAUGCUCGCCUCUCCCAGGAGAUCCUCGGGGUCCCAGCCACGCCAGGGACCAACAUGCCCGCGACCUUCGGCCACCUGGCAGGCGGCUACGACGCCCAGUACUAUGGCUACCUGUGGAGUGAGGUGUACUCCGCGGACAUGUUCCACACACGCUUCAAGCAGGAGGGCGUCCUGAGUGGCAAGGUGGGCAUGGACUACAGAAGCUGCAUCCUGAGGCCAGGCGGGUCCCAGGACGCCAGCGUCAUGUUAAGGCUCUUCCUGGGUCGGGACCCCAAGCAGGACGCCUUCCUCCUGAGCAAAGGGCUGCAGGUUGAGGACUGCGAGCCGCCAGCCUGCUGACGGCACAGGGUUCUGCCCACCCCAGUGGGCCGGGUGCCUUAGCGCCCCGCCGGGGCAGGGGAGGGGCCGCGUGUCCCCCCAGCCCCUGAGUCCCCGGCGGCCGGCCUGGGCCAAAAGUCUCCACCUGGAUGUGUCUAGAGAGCCUGGCGUCAAGGCUCCCACUUGUUGCACUAAUACAGCCCCUUCCUGGGGAGCUUUCCUGGUUAAAACACGGUUCUUUGAAACGGAGGCAUUAAAAAAAAGGCUCCAGU